AUGGCUGGCCGGAAACAUGCAGUCGAGGGCUUGACAACGAGGCAUGUCGUCUACCUGGUCGUGAUGCACAUGAUUGGCGCCAUGAUUCUUGAUGGAGGCAUCAACUUUGGGCUUGCCACCGCAAUGUACAAGAACACAAGUAAGGCCAUCUUUCUUUGGCCUUUGCCGAACACCCUGGCCGGAGACGCUGCUGUCACCAUUAUCAUCCAACAGGCCCUCACUUGGAUUCUGGACCGAUUGGCCGUCAAUGGAGACCUCAAGAAGGGGUUGGUCGCUCCACUCAGGAUGCCCAAGAAUGCCAAUCCAGUCGUCCGUUGGUUUGUGGGGCUUGAGCAUGUAGGGAUACACAAGACCCUGAAGGAAAAGAUUGGGUACUAUCUCAAUUUUCACGGCAAGCGCAUUGCGGUUCUGAUCCUGGCCACAUUUAUCCUGUACUGGCCCAUCACGAUCGGCAUCCUGUCGGGGCUCAAGAUCCAUAGCAUUGGCAAGGAUUACAGUAGCAUGGGUGGCGACUUCAACACAUGGCCGCUUCCACAGAUCUUCAAGGGCGUGUAUGGCUUCGCUGUCGGUAUGACAACACCUUUCGUCAGCUAUAUUGCAUUGAUCUACCAGGGCGAAACGGAACAAGCAAGCCCAGAUUUGACGGAGCUGUCAGAAAGGACCAGCGCCGGGGCUCCAGAGUCACAGCCAAUUUUGGACGACGAGGAAGCCAAGUUGGCAAAUGCCUAG